GCUUCAAUUUUAAUGCUGCCUUCCAUUACGUAAUGAUCGCUUUGACUUUAAAACAGGCCAGGUUUCGGGCUGUGGGAAUGAGGCCAUACAUUUAUAUGAGGACAGGGUUUCUCUCCUCUCAGAUCGUACCACUCCAGACCAUGGAGGUACUCUGUGUAUUCCAACGUAUGGAAAACCUGUCCUACUCCAAAAAAAAACUCGAUGCAAGCUUUCCAUCUCUGCGACCAAAUUCUUCCUAUUUUUUCGUAUUUUCGGCUGGACUCUCCCUGUUGGCAGAAGGGAAAUGCAGGACAGUAUUUUCCUGCUGGGGGAAUUUUCAUGGUGGAAAUCUUCCUCGUUAUUUCUCUAUCAGGAGGCUUUCCUUUGAUACAGGGGUGCCCGGGUGGGCCACUCCGCAGAUGUCUGAAUAUUUGAAAUUCUUCCUCAGCGCUGUAAUGUGCAAUCUCAAGAACCAGCAGCACGGAGCCAAAAGUUGGUUUUGUUCUCCUUUGAGGAGGAUUGCUUCCCAGCAGAUGCCCUGAAUUACUUCACCUUUUGCCUUUCUUUCUUUCUUCCUAUCAAAUAAUUCAACGCUUUGUCAUUUUUAUAUGCUCGCUGAUGACACUGGAAAUGGUUGGGAUAUAAAAUGAGCCCCUCUGCUUCUUAUCUACACGAUACCAUUUGGGCUCUGCCAGCUGCUCUAUCAGGUCUCCUUUUCCAUCUGCAGGGUCUGUCAUUUCAUGUCACCUCUUGCUCAUUUCCCGGACACUCAGGUGUAUUUAUCCUGUCUCAAAGCUGUCUCAUCCUGUUAUAUUUUAUGCUCUAAAAGCACUUGCUAGGUUAUUUGAGGUAAACUAAAGCUCUCCACACCUCUCUGUCCAACCUAGUGAGUCUAGGAAAGCUUAAAGCACAUCUGAAGUGGAGACCAACUCUCUCACGCUUGUCUCUAUUCCCAGACGUUAUUUCAGUGCUCUGUUAAUUCUGUUCUUCCCUUUUCCUCCCCAUGGCCCAAGCAGUGUUCCUUUGACCAAUGGGGCAAAAAGCAGUGAUAGAGUUUUGUGAAUGCUUUCUUCUGUGGUGUGAGUGGCGGAAGGAGCCCUCCCCUCCCUCCCUCUGUCAUGCAGAUGUAACGGCACCGAUCUGAGUUGUAAAUCACCUGGUGUUCAUGUGUUACUGGGCUUCCCAUUCUGGUGCAUUGUGUGUAGAACAGAAUAGUUUCAGCUGGACUCAAUAAUCUUUGUAGGUAGGUCUCUUCCAACUGGCAGGCUACUCUGGAACUGAACCAAAGUUAAACUGUGUAGAAGGGCAUUAUCCGAAUGCCUGUUGAACACGGACAGCCACCUCUCUGAAGCCAGUUUUAGUGUCUAACUACCCUCUUAGUAAGUUUUUCCUGAUGUCUGGUCUGAACCUCCCCUGGCACAGCUUUGUUCCAUUGCUAUGCAUCCUGUUGCUGGAUACCAGCGAGGAAAGAUGAGCACUUCCCUUCCUCAGGACGCUGUGGAGAGCAGUGAGGGGACUCCUCAACCUCUCCUGCAAGCUUAGCACACAGUGUCCUCGGGUGCUUCUCACAGGACCUUCCUUCCUGCCCUUUUGCCAGCUUUGUUGUGUUCCUCUGGACACGUUCAAGCAUCUUAACGCCCUCUUUAAAUUGAGAACUGCACACAGUAUUCUAAGUGAGGCCAGACCAAUGCUAAAUGUGCGAGAAUAGCUCCUGUUGACUGGCUGCUUGUGCUGCGUUUAAUGCACCCCAGAAUACAUAGGUUCAGACUGAGACUGCAGGCAACCAGCACCCCAGACUGCCCUCUUGUAGGGCUGCUCUCCAGCUGCUUGUCUCCCAGUGCGAACCUAUGUGCAGCGCUACUUUGUUCCUAUUGCAGAAUCUGGUAUUUGCCAGCUACCUGUUCAUGUUAAAUUUCAUGCUGUUGCUGAUGGCCCAAUGCUCCGGUGCACCUAGAUACCUCUAGCAUUGCCCAAGCUCACACCAUCACUGCAAGAGAAACACCAAGGGCUACACGUGGAUCUGGGCAGAGAGGGGAACAGUGCCCAAGUUCCAAGGAGAAGGCUGCACUUCAACACCUGCAUCUUGUUCCCUCCAGACGUGUUCUCUGUGUUCUGCAUGAAAACGCGCUGUGCUUUUUUGCUGCUCCUGGGGAUUUCUCACAACUCCACACUCCUGGCUGUUGUUCAGGGUUGCCAGCCUCUUUCUUGAGCAGCUCACGCUGCUUUCUUCAUGGCUCUUGGUCACGCUCUCUAACCAAAACACUCCUUAAACCUAAAACAGAAAUGAUUAGGAAGGCUUAGGAAAUAGCAAAAGCUUCACAAGAUGAAAUGCCGCUGCUUCCUGCUACCCUUAGGGAGCUCAGCCAUUCUGCACCACUAACCCUGCAGCAGCAAAACACGGCACUAAAUCUUCCUGAGCAAUCAAGAUUUCAGUGCAGUGCAGGACUGCAUGUAGGGAAGAGCAGGGAGACUGACUGAUGGGGAAAAGAUUAAAAUGACUAAAUAUCUAUCUUGGGCAAUCCAGUGCUAAGAAGCAACAUGACAGCCACACAGAAGAACACAAAGAACACAGAGCGUCUAAGUUUGGGGUGUCAUUGAUGUCUAUAACCAGGGCGAUGGUGGAAAUGACUCGAAGACUGAGGUGCAAGGAGCAGGGAUCACUGAGGGAUGGCAGCAGUGCCAGCUCCAUUCAGACUGCAGGUGAGAAUCGUUGCCCUGUGGUUGCAGAGUGGCUCAGCCAUUCGCUUCCAGCCUGAUGGCCAUGGGUCUUAAAUCCCUGUGAAAACACAUGCAAGUGAAAAUUCUGUUGUCUGUUAAAAGGGGCAUCAGCACAGAGUUUAUGGAAUCAGCUGUGGAAAUUGGGAUUGGUCAGUCUGGAGAAGAGAAUGAUCAGGGGAAAUGUUAUUACCCUCUAUAGCUCCCUGAAAGGAGGUUAUAGUGAGGGAGGGUCGGCCUCUUCUCCUGGGUAACAGCAGUAGGAUGAGAAGUGGAGGUCUUGAGUUGUACUGGGGGGGUCAGGUUGGAUAUUGGAGAACAAUUGCUUCUCAGAAAGGGCGGUGAUGCACUGGCACAGCUGCCCAGGGAGCGGUGGGGUCAGCAUCCCUGGGGGUGUUACAGAAAAGGUGGAUGUGGCACUGAGGGUCAUGGUGAGAGCGGGCACAGGGUGAUGAUUGGGCGGGAUGAUCUCGGUGGUCAUUCCAACAUGAAUGAUUCUGUGCUUUGUUUUGGGGAGCUGAACCCCUCGGCUGGUAACAGAGCUGGGUGCAGCUCUUGUUGGCUGCGCGCUGAAUUAAGGACCAAAGACCGAUCCUGAAAUCACCACGAGCUGGGAAGGAACUGGGGCUGUUUGGUCUGGGGAAGAGGAGAAUGAGGGGAGACCUUAUUGCUCUCUUCAAAUACCUGAAAGGUGAUGGCAGCGAGAGCGGGGUCGGUCGCUUCUCACUGGUGACAGGACAAGGGGAAAUGGCCUCAAGUUGCACCAGGGGAGGAUAAGGUUGGAUAUCAGGAAGAACUUCUUUAUGGAAAGGCCUGUUAGGCGCUGGAAUGGACUCCCCAGGGAGGUGGUUGAGCCACCGUCCCUGAAUGUGUUUAAAAUCCGUCUGGAUGUGGUGCUCAGGGACGUGAUUUAGCGGUGCGCUGUUAGAGUUGGGGCAGUAUGGUUAGGUUGCGCUUGGACUGGAUCAUCUUGAGGAUCUUUUCCAACCUGAGCAAUCCUAUGAUAAAUCACACCAGAUGCGAAGCACAAACUUACAUUUUCCCCUCACCCUCUCCGGGCCCCGCGCUCCGGGCGGAGCCCUUCCCUCAGCCCGGCCCCUCUCGCCGGACACCGCCCCCGCUCCGGCGCGGCCAUGGCGGAGCGGCGGCGCUGAGCGCGGAGCCUAUGGCGGUUCCCGGCGCGGCACCGUCGCGGCUGGCGCUGGCCCUGGCCGCCUUGGCAGCGCUGGCCGCCGUUAAGUACUACCGAGACGCCGAGGCCGCCCGGCAGCAGGAGCUGGCACUGAAGUCUUUGGGCAGCGAGGGGCUGUUUCUGUUUUCUUCUCUGGACACAAACAACGAUCUGUACCUCAGUCCAGAAGAGUUCAAGCCAGUAGCUGAGAAGCUGACAGGGGUUACUCCGGUCUCAGACUUUGAAGAGGAUGCACCUGAUCCAAAUGGGGAGACGUUGUCCAUUGUGGCUAAAUUCCAGCCUUUGGUCAUGGAAACGAUGACAAAGAGCAAAGAUGGUUUCUUGGGGAUUUCUCACGUCGCUCUUUCUGGGCUGAGGAAUUGGACUGCUCCUGUAUCCCCUAAGAGUGUGAUGCUUGCCAAACAGUUUAAAGCCUUUCUUCCUCCCAAGAAUAAGCUUGAUGUUGGCGAUCCGUGGUGGAUAAUUCCUAGCGAACUGAACAUCUUCACUGGAUAUCUUUCCAACAACAGGUUUUACCCUCCACCUCCCAAAGGCAAAGAGAUCAUAAUCCACAGGCUUCUGAGCAUGUUCCACCCACGCCCCUUUGUAAAAACCCGCUUUGCUCCCCAAGGAUCCGUGGCCUGUAUCCAAGCCAUCAGCACCUACUACUAUACCAUAGCAUUCAGGAUCCAUGCUGAGUUCCAGCUGAACGAGCCACCAGACUUCCCCUUCUGGUUUUCCCCAGGCCAGUUCACAGGUUACAUCGUCCUCUCCAAGGAUUCUUCCCAUGUCCGAGAGUUUAAGCUCUUCGUCCCUAACAAGAGGUCUCUGAACGUUGAUAUGGAGUGGCUGUAUGGGGCGAGUGAAGGCAGCAACAUGGAAGUGGAUAUAGGUUACCUGCCUCAGAUGGAGCUGGAAUCCACAGGGCCCUCGGUCCCCUCUGUGAUCUAUGAUGAGAACGGAAAUGUGAUUGACAGCAGGGAUCCCUCAGGGGAGCCUAUUCAGUUUGUGUUUGAAGAGAUAACCUGGCAGCAAGAAAUCCCCUGGGAAGAGGCAGCCCAGAAGCUGGAAGUGGCCAUGUAUCCAUUUAAGAAGGUUUCCUAUCUUCCCUUCACACAAGCUUUUGAGAGAGCAAAAGCAGAAAAGAAGCUGGUGCACUCAAUCCUGCUGUGGGGUGCCCUGGAUGACCAGUCCUGCUGAGGUUCGGGGCGAACUCUCCGGGAGACUGUCCUGGAAAGUUCGCCCAUCCUCGCCCUGCUGAAUGAGAGCUUCAUUAGCAGCUGGUCACUUGUAAAGGAGCUGGAAGAGCUGCAGACAAACAGAGAGAAUGAGUUCUACAGCAAGCUGGCUGACCUGCACCUUGAAAAAUACAACUUCCCCGUGGAGAUGAUCAUCUGCCUCCCCAAUGGCACGGUGAUUCACCAUAUCAAUGCCAACUACUUCCUGGAUAUUACUUCUAUGAAGCCUGAAGAUGUUGAAAGUAGUAUCUUUAGUUUCUCAGCCAACUUUGAUGACCCUUCUACUGCAACUUACCUCCAGUUUCUGAAGGAAGGACUGCAAAGAGCAAAAUCCUACUUGCAGAACUAAAACCAAAGGCACCCGAAUGCCUCAUGGAGUUGGCCAAAUACUUCAGACAUCUAUUUUGAUUGCAGCAGUUCUUCCUCAUCUUCCUGCCAUGCAUUGAUGUUAAGAUACAGACAAUUCCAGGACUGGGGCUUUUCUCUGGAUGAUCUGGAGAUGUUGGUUCAAGGCUAAAGUUUCAAAUGAUACCAGUUUAUGUCAUCUGCCCUGCUGAGUUCAGGCGAGGUUUUACAGCAGUGAAAAUACUUGGAUCUAUAAACAUUCUUUGUGCAUACACCUUGCCACCCACCCUCAUGUUCUUCCACCUCCUGUUCUGACUCUGGGGUGAAACUCUUUUUACAGCUAUGCCAAGCAUCACCAGGAAACAUCUGAUCUCCAGGGCUAGACUGCGUGUUGAAUUACAGAGAACAGCAUUGCUGUGAUGACCCAACACUCGUGAUGCACACCCGUGCUGUGUGAGCAAGUGCACAGAAUCCAGUGCAGCCAGGAAGCUCUUCCCUGGGCAGCUGGUGUGUGCUGCACUUCCUGCCAGCAGCACUGAGCUGUAAGCUGCUGGGCGGCGUGGAUCCCAGUUCUUUGUGGUAGCAUUAUUGACAGCAGUGGCAACCUGUGUGUAAUGAGACUGUAGCUGAUUUUGUGUAGGCAUGGAAGUAGGAAGGUCUAGCUGGAGGCUUGAUCUCUGAAGUAGCCUCCUCCCAGCUUCCUGGGUGCCUGGGACAGUUAUCCUGAGUGACAUGGUGCGAGAGCUCUAUCACUCACAAUCUUUGCAGCUGAUGGAGAUGAUGAGGUUGAUGUGGUGCAAUUAGGAGUGGAGAAUGGGGCAAUAAGAGGAAUGGUGCAGCUUAGAGAUGUCAGGUCUGGAUUAACUUGGGGAUUAAGGGUCAGAGCCUCUGGCAGUGAGCUCCCUGUGUGCCUACAGGCUAUGGGAUGCUGUAAUGAACUGUGCCCCCAUUCUACUCAGACCAAAGCUACUCCCACCUCACCUUUUGGUAAAUGAAAUGGUGUUUUAAGCACAUUCCUAUAGGUAGGUGAGACAAAGCAUCUUCAGAAGAUGGCUGCAAGCAGCUCUUUCUAUUGAUGCUUUUUCUGCUCUCUGAAGCACAAUUUUGUUGGACCAAAUCCAAAGUUGGGGGAAAGCCUUUUUGUUUUUUGAAGGGGGGGGGGGGUACUUUCAUUCCUGGGCUUCAGGACCUGGAAGGAAUGCUGGGGUGUCGUGAUUCACAGAACCACAGAAUGGAUAAGGUUGGAAGGGAUCUCUGGAGGUCAUCAGGCUGAGAUUAGAUGGACCUUUGAGCAACUCGGUGUAGCUUUGCUAAUUGCUCUAAGUGAGAUUAAUUACCUGUGGGAUGUUUCUUAGUAUUGGCUUUUUAACUAUGCAUUAGCUCUGCACUUUCCUAGCACUUCAGGGGGCCUGUGGUAAUUACAGGGUUGGAUUACAUACAGACAGUGCUUUCAGUGGUGGCCGUGGAAAGUGUCACCAUGGCAGGCUCAGCCUCCAUUGUCCCUCUUGGGGACUUUGGACCAAGCCAAAAGCAACAGAGCAGAGUGCCUGCCUCCAUCCAGCUCCUUGGGAAGCACUGCUGUAGCGUUAUCUGCUCUUAUGGCUUUCUCAGAGCUUCACCUGAGGGGUUUUCUUUGUUUCUUUUUUUUUGUUCACCUCUCAGUCUGGGGCUGCAGCCUUCAAAGCAGUGCACGUGUGUAUUCCUUCCAUUUGUUUUUCUUUUGACUGGUUUUGUUGCAGAAGGGGCCGGAGGGAGCAGUGGCUGAGCACUCCGGGGCUGUCUUCUCAAGGCUUGGAGAAACAGGUGCAGGCAAAGCUAGGGAGGACCAGGCAGAGGAGAGAUGCAAGCCCCUCUCCCUGGUGCUGUGAGCACAGGAUGGAGGGGAUUCAACUGAGUGGCAGCAGGAGGAGCCUGAACAGCCGUCCAUAGCCUGGGGCAAUCUGGAGAAUCCUGGAUUCAGCAGUGUCCUCAUAUUAACUCAUUAACCACAAGACAACGUAAUCAACGUGUCACCUUCCAUCUCCUGCUGUGAGUGGGCUCUGGACAGAAACUGUUGCCUGAGGACUUAUUUUUUUAAUACCUGCCAAGCAUUUGCUCUUAUAUAUUUGUAAUCUUACUAUAUUUUUUCAGUAAGCUUGUGAUACUCCAGAGUGGGAGGGUGAUGCUGCUUUUCGCGAUCUCCUGCGCUUCGUGAUGCUCUGGCCUUAAAUCCACAAGCGGGUCAGAGCUGAUGUCUGACAGCAGCACGUCGUGGGAAAGCAGCGCUGCUCCGCCUCUGGGGCUGCGUGCGUCGGUGCCGCUCGGUGUGACGGGCCGUCCGGGCCGCCUGUAGCCGCGCUAGUUAAACCGAUCCCACCACCUCA